UUCGCACAGCUUUCUCUACUUUCUCUCUUGCUCUGGUUCAGAAGGGCUGGCUGCUAGUUGAUUAGUGGAGGGUUGUGUAUCCUGUUUCCAAGAAGAUUUUUUUGUCUUAAAGAAAGUUGUAAUGCUCUUCUUCACCCAGUGUUUUGGUAUCUUCACGGACCUCAUACACCUCAGGUUUCAGCACACCUCCAAGCAUAGGGGGGCUUUCUCAGCUGCUGGACAGCGUGUGUGUGUUGUGACCCCUGCCAAUUCCCUCAGGGAUGCAUCCGCCAGGAGUGGUCGCUACAGUUCUAGUUCCAGUGCAGGUCAUGCCGAGAACAGAGCCUCUCACCCCUGCGAUGCAGGAGUAGCCAGCCCCUGCCCCUGCUCCUGCCCUCUGCUAUCCUGUGGGUGGCAGGGGGACCUGGAGGUGGUGGCGCUCCACCUCAAAGACACACACAGGGCCUCCACCCUCCAGGGGCAGCGCAUCGUGUUCUUGGCAGCCGAUUUCCACCUCCAGGAUGCAGAGGACUGGGUGACGGUGCAGUCCUGCCUGGGACAGCAGUUCCUGCUGGUACUCAAGAAGCAGGAACGGCGACAGGGACACCAGCAGUACUUUGCUGCUGUCAUGCUGCUGGGGCCCAGCAUGGUGGCCGAAAGGUUCACCUACAGGCUGGAGCUGAGCAGCGAACGCAGGCGGCUGAGCUGGGAGUCUGCUGUGAGAUCCUUCUCCGAGGGGCUCGGUACUGUAAUCGCAGAGAGUGACUGCCUAGUGCUCAAUGCCUCUCUUGCUCACCUCUUCUCAGACAAAGGGAAACUGGGGAUCCGUAUUUCAAUAUCUGCUGACAAACAGGCAUAGCACAUCUUUUACAUUUUAACUAAAAAACUGCAGGCAGUAUGGAUCUGUAUGCGAAUCCUAUACCUGGUACUGAAAUGUUGAAGAUGGAAAGCUGGGGUCGCAACUUGCCAGCAGGCUUGAGUCAAUCUAUACCUUGAUUUCAAAGUGUUAAAACCUGAAGAGAAAAAAACACUGCCACUGCGAGAUUGACAAAUGUUGCAUAACUUAGCACCGCAUUGAAUAACUUCAGUUACAUUCAGUCCUGAAGAAUUACGGGGAAAUCUUUCAAACAUUUUACUUUGUCAUUACAGUUAUAUCGUCAUCAAUUCCUUUACAUUGCAGAACUUAGAUUUGAUGUGAAAAAGUUGGUCAGGGUGGUGUUUUUAGUGCUGUCAAUGCGGAAAAAUUCACUGUAAAAGAAAGCUUCAUAAAAGCAGCAGCACUUAGGUUAAGUACACCCUGGAGAAGGUGAACAGAAGCACUUCAGGUCAGAAAUUAGCUGCUGCAGGACAUUACCAACGCACAUGCAGACUGGACCCUAUCAAACACCUGUUUUGGCAUUUUGUGCAAAUCUCCAUGUUAUUGUUGGUAUAAAAUAUAUCUCCUCCCUUAUUUUUAUCACAGAUCAUUUGCACAUUCAUGUUGCAGUUUCCCAUGCUUUCCCCGUGGUUACACUGUGCAUUUACCAUAGGUCACCAUGGUUU